CUCUCUCUCUCUCUCUCUCUCACAAUAACAUUGAGGUAUUGGAUUGGAUGAUAUGUUGAAGCUGUGGAAAUGGUAUCAGAAUUGCUUGGCAGUACAUCCUGUUAAGACACAGGUUAUCAGCUCAGGUUUGAUUUGGGGAUUUGGUGAUAUUGUUGCUCAGGCCGUCACUCACUCCACCGUCAAGAAACAUCAACAAAUUGAUGAUGAAGAUAAGGAAUUAAAGAUCAAUUGGCGACGAGUAGCUACCACAAGUUUGUUUGGCUUUGGAUUUGUUGGACCAGUUGGCCACUUCUGGUAUGAAGGCUUGGAUCGGUUUAUAAGGUUGCGGCUUCAACAACAACCAAAAUCCCUCCGGUUUGUUGCAACUAAAGUAGCAGUUGAUGGGUUAAUAUUUGGUCCCUUGGAUUUACUUGUUUUUUUCACAUACAUGGGUUUUUCUACCGGAAAAAGUGCUGCCCAAGUCAAGGAAGACGUGAAAAGGGAUUUCCUCCCAGCUUUAAUUCUGGAGGGAGGCAUAUGGCCAAUUGUUCAGGUGGCCAACUUCAGAUAUGUUCCAGUGAGGUAUCAACUCUUGUACGUCAACUUCUUCUGCUUGUUGGAUAGCUCUUUUCUUUCAUGGCUCGAGCAACAACAGGAUGCUCCUUGGAAGCAAUGGUUGAAAUCAUUUCUGGCAUUAAAAGAACAAGAAGGCCAAGGUGGAUAGUUGCUUCUGCUUCUUCCCCAAAUAAUGUUCUUUUUUUUCUUUUGUUGGUCUCGGGAUCAUAAAGAAAAAUACAAAUCAGAGAACUGUGAAAGAGUAGUGUUAAUCCCCAAAUUGCCAAGUUGGAUUUUUGACGUUGGCAACUGGGAAGUGAUGGACUUUGCUCUUGAGCUUACUGAGGUUUUCACGUCAACAAGGUAAGCUGAGCUGACUGUUCCAUACCAUUUCUAGAUAAGAUUUGUUGCUUUCAAUGGACCUCAUGCUGUGAUUCUACUUGUUCUUGUAUCAGUCAACUGAAAGAGAU